CUUAUGUUCAUUCAUUUUCUUGCUUAAGCUAUCAGAGGUCAGUUUUCCCUUCUUCAUUUUCUAUUUCCUAUUCUUUUUAGAGUUUAAUCUUGUUUUCAGCAGUUUUUUUUCUGGAUUCCCUGUAUCAAAUAUUAUUGUACGUGACAUUUCCCUUCUCUGAAUUUCAUCAGACCAGCACAAACACUCAUGAGUAAUCUCAAACUUGGGGUAGAGGUGGUUAGUGCCCAUGACCUUCUACCCAAAGAUGGGCAGGGCUCAUCCAGUCCCUUUGUGGAAGUCCAUUUUGAUGGUCAGAUAUCCCGCACCACUACCAAAGUCAAAGACCUUAAUCCUGUUUGGAAUGAAAGUUUCUACUUCAACAUAUCAGAUUCAGACAACCUAUCCAACCUCAAUCUUGAAGCCUAUGUCUACAACCAUAACAAAGAUAACAACUCCAAAACAUGCCUUGGGAAGGUUCGCCUCACUGGGACAUCAUUUGUCCCGUACUUUGAUGCAGUUGUUUUGUACUACCCUCUGGAGAAACGAACCAUGUUCUCUCGUGCGAAAGGACAGCUUGGUUUGAAAGUCUUUGUUGCUGAUGACUCUUCAAUUAUAUUUUAAUCAAUUGAAAAGUUUUGUGGUGACUAUGGAAUUGUUCACGGGUUUGGUGAUAUAAAUUGGGCGUUGCUUGUUGCGAUUGUGAAGAGUGUCCAAGAGACGCUAGGAAGUCGGCAGCAGCGUUCCCUUCUCGAAGAGUAUGCUGCAGUAUGUGUUGUUGCAAGAGAACUCCAAAGUGCUUCUGAAUUCGACCGCUUACUUCGGUAGACAUGCAAAGCUCCGAGAGAAAAGGUAUUGGGAGGAUUCAAUAUGUUCCUGUCUUCUUUUUGGUGAUGGAGAAAAUGGGUGAUUCUGAUUCUCCGGCUUUUGUUCUUCCCUUUUCUUAGAUUAGUUUUUGUUCCUUCUUUAUAUUGGUGACUCAAAAAUGGCUGCUAAUCUAAAACUCUGCACCUUUUUGUUAUAGACUCUCUUCUAUGUUAAAAGUUUUGUUGAAUUUUUUUCCCCUCUUUUAUCUGCAUUUUAUGAAUCCUGUUAUAUAUUUUUUUUAUUUGGUGUAUGUGUUUUCUUUAAUGUUUAUGAUUCGGUACUUUGAAUUUACCUUUAUUUUCUGUUUGUUUGUUUGUUGACAAAUUUGAUUAAAUUAAGGAACAUGUU